AUGAUUUAUCCAGGAUUAUCUGUUGUUGAUUAUCAAUUAUAAUAAUAUGAAUGUAUAAUGAUAUUACAUAUUUAUGAUAGAAUAUCCAUUAUAUUAGAAUGCUUAUGAUUUUAAUAUAUAUCCUCAAUAUCAUUACACUCCAUCAAUCAAGAAUUAUGAAUCUGAAUAAAAGGAAGAAUUUAAUAAGAAGAACAAGAAUAGAAAGAUUAAGUAAAUAUAAUAUAGAUAAGAAAAAUUAGAAAUAAUUAGCCAAAGGAAUUAUUACCAAAAAUUAAAGAAUAGAUUGAAGAACCUAUAGAAUAGAAUGAGGAGAUGUAUAUAAUUUAUUAUCAUUUUAUUAGUCUUUAAUAAAUAAUACAACCAUAAUAUUAAAUUGUUGAUAUUUAAUAAGGAGCUCUUCUUCCUAAAUUGUAAUCUCAUUUAGCAACAGAGGGACAUAUAAUUAACUCAAAAUAAAUUAUUAAAUCAACCAAAAUAACUAAAAAAUAAAAAAAAGAGAAUGUUAAUACAGGACAUUGGUCUACCUUUGAACAUACAACUUAUGUUAAUUUCUUAUCACAAUAUGAAAAUAUUAUGAACUCAUCUAUGAUGAAAAAGACUUCAAAAAUAUUUAAAUAAAUGAGUGAAUUAAUAGGUACUCGUACGCCCAGUCAAUGCAGAAGUCAUCAUUAGAAAUUUAAUCCUUAUGCAUUAAGGGGAGAUAAUGGAAAAAGAUUACCAAGAUCUCAAAGAAGUAGAGCAGGCAGAAAGAAGAAAAUACUAUUCAAUAACCUUCUUUAAACAAGUAUAUAUACUAUCUAAUUAUUAUAGAUCAAUUAAUAGAUAAUGAUUUACAUGGUUAUAUGUAUGAAAAAUAAAAUUACUAUAAUCCAUUCAUAAUUGAUUAUUAAUUUAAUGAACAUGAAAUUUUUAUUAAGAAUUAAAAUUAAUUAAUUCAAACUUAAAUUUAAUAUGAAGAUUAUUUAAAAUUUCGAUAGGAUUAUCAUAAUUAUUUAGAAUAUUGA